UGGGGAGCCCCUAACACAACAUCAAUAUCAUGUUCCCUUGCUGAUGUCAUGAGUGAACAGCUGGCGAAAGAGCUACAGCUGGAAGAAGAAAAUGCUGCUUUUCCUGAAGUGGUUGCUGUUGCUGAAGGACCAUUUAUUACAGGAGAAAGUGUUGACACUUCGAGUGACCUAAUGCUAGCUCAGAUGCUGCAGAUGGAAUUUGACAGGGAAUAUGAUGCACAGCUUCGGCGUGAGGAGAAGAAGAUCAAUGGAGAUAGCAAAGUCUCCAUAUCCUUUGAAAAUUAUCGCAAGGUGCAUCCCUAUGACAGUGACAGCUCAGAGGAUGAGGUUGAUUGGCAGGAUACCCGUCAUGAUCCUUACAGAGCAGAUAAGCCUACCACUACACCAAGAAAGGGUUUCAUUGGAAAAGGAAAAGACAUUACUACUAAACAUGAUGAAGUGGUAUGUGGAAGAAAAAACACUGCUCGCAUGGAAAAUUUUGCACCUGAAUUCCAAGUUGGGGAUGGAAUUGGGAUGGACUUAAAGCUGUCAAAUCAAGUCUUCAAUGCCUUAAAGCAGCAUGCGUACUCCGAGGAACGUCGGAGUGCAAGACUCCAUGAAAAGAAGGAGCACUCUACUGCUGAGAAAGCAGUGGAUCCUAAAACACGUUUGCUUCUGUACAAGAUGGUCAAUGCUGGGAUGCUGGAGACCAUCACAGGCUGCAUCAGCACAGGAAAAGAAUCUGUUGUUUUUCAUGCAUAUGGAGGAAAUGUACCUGAAGAUAAAGUUAUACCUCCAGAAUGUGCCAUCAAAGUGUUUAAAACAACUCUUAAUGAAUUCAAGAACCGUGACAAGUACAUUAAGGAUGACUACAGAUUUAAAGAUCGCUUCAGUAAAUUGAACCCACGGAAGAUUAUUCGCAUGUGGGCUGAGAAAGAAAUGCAUAACUUAACAAGAAUGCAAAAUGCAGGAAUUCCUUGUCCUCAAGUUGUUAUCCUUAAGAAACACGUCUUGGUUAUGUCUUUCAUUGGCCAGGAUCAAGUCCCAGCUCCUAAACUAAAGGAUGUAACACUUAGUAGUGAAGAUAUGAAAAAGGCCUACUGUCAGAUUCUUAACAUGAUGCAACAGUUGUAUAAGGACUGUAACCUGGUCCAUGCAGAUCUGAGUGAAUACAACAUGCUUUGGCAUGAUGGGAAGGUCUGGCUUAUUGAUGUUAGUCAGUCUGUGGAGCCAACCCAUCCUCAUGGACUUGAGUUUUUGUUCAGAGACUGUAGGAACGUUUCACAGUUCUUCCAGAAAGGAGGUGUGACAGAAGCACUUAAUGAGCGUGAACUCUUCAAUGCUGUCUCAGGUUUAAAUAUUACAGCUGAUAACGAAGUAGACUUCCAAGCAGAGAUUGAAGCUUUGGAGAAGAUGAAUGAAGAUCACGUGCAGAAUCAUGGAAAGAAACUGUCAGUGUUUUCAAGCGAUGGAGACCCACCUAUAUAUGAUGAAUAGCACUGAGUGUAUAGCUGCUAACAAAUAGAAACACAAAUUUACUGCCUCUAACUGUGUUGGUGCAGUGGUAAAUGUCAACUGCCAAUGUCAAGAGAGAGUGGUUGACUGGGAAUACCAAAGUGGGAAACAUGGUGAGCAGUCAGUGAUGCCUCAGUGUUGGUUUUUUGCUUUAUUUUUUUUAACCCAGACAUCAGGCUGGCACUGUGAGAAUGGACUGUCACUACCUCU